AUGGCUCCCGCACGCAAGAAGUGGUCCAAGGGCAAGGUUAAGGACAAGGCCCAGCACGCCGUUGUCCUCGAGAAGCAGACUGCCGAGAGACUUAACAAGGAUGUCCAGUCCUACCGUCUCAUCACCGUCGCCACCCUCGUCGACCGUCUGAAGAUCAACGGCAGCUUGGCCCGCCGGGCUCUUGCUGACCUCGAGGAGAAGGGCCAGAUCAAGAAGGUUGUCGGCCACUCCAAGAUGAACAUCUACACCCGCGCCGUCACCGCCGAGUAA